AUGCACGUGAAAAAUUGAGGUUUACGUUUCGGAAUUUUAAUUUUCAAUAAAAUGAUAAUUUUUGCAGCCACUUGCAUGUUCGACACAAAAAGUGACACCAAAUGAUGAAGAUUACGAUUCUUUUGAUGAUUUUGUACCAACUCAAAAACAAGAAGAAGAUGAUGAAAUUGAAUCAUCAUCAUCUUCUGAGGCUGUAUCUUCAGAUGAUAGUGAUUUUGAGCCGACAAAUGAUGAAACUCAACCAACUCAAAUUUUCCAUCCGGAAAGACAAAUGAGAAGUUCAAAAGAAAAGGUUAAACUUUUAGAAAUAAAAAUUAAAAUCCAGUUUUUGAUUUUCAGGAUGUUGCAGAAUGCUCCGAAAAUAAAACAAUCAAAAAGUAUUUUACAAGAAAUAAUCAAGGAAAAACUGUGGAAUUGGAUGAAGAUGAAUUUGUAACCGAAAAAAAGCCGCUUCAAUCAACCAUUCAAGUGACAGAUGUGCAGAAAUCAGAAUGGUCAAAAAUGUUGGAAGCACCUCCAGAAGCUCUUGAAUGUUUGAGAAUAAAUUAUGGACAUCGACAAUUUCGUGAUAAACAAUGGGAUGUUAUUCGAAAUGUUUUGAGUGGAAAUGAUCAAUUUGUAUUAAUGUCAACUGGAUAUGGAAAAAGUGUUUGCUAUCAACUUCCAUCGCUUUUACUCAAUUCAAUGACAAUUGUUAUUUCACCUUUGAUUUCUUUGAUGAAUGAUCAAGUUACAACUUUAGUAACAAAAGGGAUUGAAGCAAUUAAACUUGAUGGAGAUUCGAAAUUGACGGAUUGGGGAGAAGUUAUGGAAAAUUGUAGAGAUAUUCGAUUUUUAUAUAUGUCACCGGAAAUGGCAACUAGCCAAAAAGGAUUGGAACUUAUGACAAAUUGCAAAGAUUGUGAGUUGAUUUUAAUACAAUAUAAACAAAAACUAACAUAAAUUAUUUUUUUCAGAUAUUUCGUUGAUUGCAAUUGAUGAAGCACAUUGUGUUUCUCAAUGGGGACACGAUUUCCGAUCUUCAUAUCGAUAUUUAUCUUCAAUUCGAAAUCGAACUGAUCUUUGUCAUAUUCCUGUGAUUGCUUUGACUGCAACUGCAACUUUGAGAGUUCGACAAGAUAUUAUUGAGAAUUUGAAAUUGAGAAAUGCAAAAGUGACGACGACGUCAUUCGAUAGAAAAAAUUUGUAUAUUUCGGUGAAAUCGGCAAAAGAUGUUUGUAGCGAUUUGGAACCACUUUUACAAUUGGAUGAUUCGAAAGGAAAACAUUUUGGAGGACCAACUAUUAUUUAUUGUCAAACCAAACAAAAUGUUGAAGAUAUCAAUAUGACAUUAAGACGUUGGUUUUUAUUUUUAUUUUUUGGAAAAUAAUUAUACAAUAAUUUUUGUGUUGAAAUUUCGAAGUUCAAAGAUUUUUCAAAAAAAAAAAAUGCAGGAAAAUCCAGAAUUUUCAACCGCUUUUUAAUUCCAGGUCUUGGUGUAAAGUGUUCUUCAUAUCAUGCUGGACUCACAAAAAAUCAGCGAGAAAAAGCUCAUCAGGAAUUCAUUCGGGAUAAAAUCACAACAAUUGUAGCGACAGUUGCUUUUGGAAUGGGAAUUGAUAAACCAGAUGUGAGAAAUGUGAUUCAUUAUGGAUGUAAGUUAUUUUCAAUUUAUUUAUUUCUUUGAAAAAAAUAAUGUUUUAGGUCCAAAAGAUAUUGAAUCAUAUUAUCAAGAAAUGGGAAGAGCUGGUCGAGAUGGAGGACCAAGUGUUUGUCGUGUUUUCUGGGCUCCAAAAGAUAUGGCAUUGAAUAAACAUCAUUUGAGAAAUGCGAAAGUAUCAGAUGAAGUUGCUGAACAUCUUAUAACAAUGCUAAAACAAUUGGAAUUAGUAUUAACAACUUCGAAUUGUAGAAGAUUGUGGGUGUUCAAUUAAUCAAUUUAUUGAAAAAACAAUGUUCAUAAUUUACAGCCAACUUCUCAAACAUUUUGAUCCUUCAACAGUUAAACCAAUUCAACCACAGUCAGAUUGUUGUGAUCGAUGCACUGAAUUAUUGAAUGGUAACACUGAAACAGCAUCAACUUCAAAUUUAAAUGUGGCAGAAGAAGCUAGAUUAAUGUUUACUGUCAUUCAAGAUUUGGGUUUUGAUGGUAAAACUGGAAUUGGAAAAGUUAUUGAUUUUUUGAGAGGAAAUGUACGUUUAUUGAACAGUGCUCUACUUAAUUUCAUAAAUUACAGGCUAAAGAAGAAUGGCGUGUGAAAACAUUCACACAUAAAAGUUAUUUUGGAAAAGGCAAAGAAUUAUCUGAAAAAUGGUGGAAAGCUCUUGGUGCGUCACUUCGAUUAGCUGGAUAUUUGGACGAAGUUAAAUCAUUUCAAAUGAGAUUCGGAUCUUGUAUUUCACUUUCAACAGAAGCUAAAAAAUGGCUGAUGUCGAAUUCGAAAGAACUGAAAAUUGAGGCGAAUCCGAUGUUGUUGCAAGGUAAAUUUGGAACACCGAAAAGAAAUGUUGCGGCAUCGGCGAGUUCUUCGAAAUAUGUUAAACUUGGAGAAGAUGAACAACGAAUUCUUGGAAAUGAGAAGAAACGAAAUUAUAUAAGUGGAAUGGAACACGAGAAACUAUCUAAAAUGUCAACACAAGAAAAACAAAUUGAAGAUCCUGAAAAAAUACGAUUAUUGAGAAAAUGUUUGGAUGAUUUACGAAUGGAAAUGGCAACAAUGCAUGAAGUUGCGCCAUUUCAAAUUGUUUCCAAUACGGUUUUAGAUGCAUUCGCUAAUUUGAGACCUGAUUCGUAAGUUGGGAAGAAGUUUUCGUUGGUUACUAUAGUCUAGCCAUCGAAAAAAUAAUAUUCACAGUCAAAUGUUGUAAAAUAAUAAUGUUUUAAUUGCAGAGUUUCCAAAUUAGAUGUUAUUGAUGGAAUGUCGACUUCACAAAAAUCUCGAUAUGGUUUACGAUUUAUUAAUUGUGUUGUCGAGUUUGCGAAUGAAAAUGGAAUGGUAUUGAAUGUGAAUUUAAAUGAAACCGUUAGUUUUUUUUCGAAAUUAAUUUAAUGUUAUACUUGUGAUAUUUAGAUUCCUGAAGAUAUAACACAAAAAAUGGACACAGAAUUGACUGAAGCAAUUGGUCGAGUAUAUCGAAUGCAUAUUAUGAAUCGAUUAGAUGCUAAAGAUAUUGCUACAGCACGUGGUAUUUCAGAAGGAACAGUUUGCAAUUAUUUGACUACUUGUGUCGAAAAGGGGUUUCCUGUGUUUUUAGACAAAUUGAAAAUCAAUCGAAAAAUGAUUGCUGUUGUUUUAAGUACAGCCAGACAGAACUUGAAUUCAAGUAAGAAAGGAAAUUUUAAAAGUAUUUAGAAAAACUCGUAUUAUUUUAAGAUAUUGUUCGUUUGGCACCAUGGAUGGAAGCAUUGCCAAAAGAUUUCAUUGAUUAUAAUCGAUUGAGAAUUAUUAAAGCGAUUUUAGUUUAUGAAUAUGGAAUUGAAAAUGAAAAUAUUGAAAAAGAGGAAGAAGUUGAGAAUAACAGAAUGGAAAAGAGAAAACAUGAUGAUAUUUCAAAGAAUACUGUAGGAAGAUCUAAACCGAAUGCAAAAAAGUUCAAAUUGUGA